AUGCCUCGAAUGUUAUCAGUUGAUGACAAAGAGACACCUUUGCAACCCACUUUGCCGGAACUGUUACAUGCAAUCCGCCACAAGCAAGCCUCGAACCCAUCAACCUGGGAAGUACCCCACAGAGGUUACCUGGACUUCGUUACGCAGGCGCUCCUGCCAACAUAUCUACGCAACUACGUUGGUCAGUCCAAUAAGCCCAAACUCCGAAUUCCGCAGCAUAUCAGGGAAACAUUAGCAGGAUCGAGGCGCUCUCUGCAUUAUUACAUCAUCAACAACGACGGAGAGUGCUCAAGACAUACAAAGUUUAUUCGACUUUGGACCAUCCCCUUUCCUCCGCGAACUGAUACCAUAAUCACGCUUGUCCUUGACAACUUUUUGGAGAUGGUCAUAUGCCGAGCUUUUCAAUCUCUUCCUGUGUCGAGUCUAGAGGAGAUCUUUGGACCCUGCCCAGAGGGUCAAUAUUUUGAAAUUGGUUUGGAUGUCAUAUCUCCUUUACUUCAGGGAAGGUUUCUAAGCCCUUUCUCUCGCCAUAAGGUCGUGCAGCUUCUAUCUGAUUCACCAGAUCACGAAAUCCGUGAAUGGGCACUUCACCGCAAUAGCGAAAAUCAUCAGCUUCGCCGGACAUUAAACUCUGGAGAAUUGCCUGCCAUUAGUACUAGUUCGAGUCUCGAGGAAGCUCCCUUAAUUCAAGCUAGUGAGCAUAUCUGGGGGCCCUUGCAAGUGCAUAUAAUAGAUCCCCAAUCCUGGUUCCGGUCAACAAUAGCCAAGCUACAACAGAAUGACUCGACAAUUGGAGCUGGAGUUGACAUGAUCAGUCCGAUCGGAAGCUCUGAGGCUUCCAUAGGUAUUGCCUUCGAGCCUACCCCGCUACAUAACUAUGAUAAGAGUGGUCAGGCCAUUAGCAUACCGUGGGGCCUACGGGAGGGUGGCUUUCGGGCUUCAAACUCAUUGAUUUGGCCAUUUGACCUUCAAAGAUACACUUACAUGUCAGAGAGCUAUCAAGUGCAGUCUUUCUCUACCUCUAAGCGCAAUAUUUUACGUGAUGCUUCUCAACAGCUCAUAGCUGGUACUCGACUUCGGGUUAUCAUCAUGUGCGGUGAUAUUGAAGAAAUCAUACAUCCGACUAACGCAAAGAAAGUGGUCUUAACUCUGAACGACAUGGCUUACAAUACAUGGGUCGAAAUUCAGCAAAAGAAAGUCGCAAGAAUAUUCAUUCGCGCACCAGCCCCCCUCUCCGAACUCUGGUCUAGCCAUGGAAGACAAGGUCCCCGCAGAGGCAAACAACAUACGAAGCUGAGAAAACGAAGACUUGAAGAUCUGGAUUCCCGUGCACACAAACGGGCCAGAGGGCCGGACGAGGAGGGACUCGAAUCAAAGGACUAG